GUUUUAGAGCUUCCGGUAAAUAUAGUCAUCUUGAAAAUACAACGAAAAUUUCACAAAAUUAUGCAGGAAAGGUUUGGUUGAAACUUGGAGAUAUUAGCAAGAUAAUAACAAUUAAUGGAGAUAUGUACAAUUUAAGAGGGGUAAUUGCUUUUGAUGGAUCGGCAAGACAAUUAAGACAAUCAUACGGCCAUUACAUAGCAUAUGGUUUUAGAGCUUCCGGUAAAUAUAGUCAUCUUGAAAAUACAACGAAAAUUUCACAAAAUUAUGCAGGAAAGGUUUGGUUGAAACUUGGAGAUAUUAGCAAGAUAAUAACAAUUAAUGGAGAUAUGUACAAUUUAAGAGGGGUAAUUGCUUUUGAUGGAUCGGCAAGACAAUUAAGACAAUCAUACGGUCAUUACAUAGCAUAUGAAUCUUUUUCAAGAAAGUUAAACAGUUAUUCUAAAAUCGACUUCCACAAUAACCUAGAAGAAACGUCAAUCAAUGAUUUUACAGAAUUGAAAUCCGAUAGUUUUGAGUUGACGUAUUUUUGUUUAGUUGUUGCAACUAAUCCUGUAUGGUAUGACAUUAGCUGUUACCUAAAUGGGCGUAUGAAUGGUGCAGCAUUACAUACAUUUGUAUAUCGUGAUGCUAAUGGCAUUAGAGACAGAUUAGGCCUUGUUUCUGGUCAGAACGAUAAAAAGAACAGUUUAAUGACAGAAGGAAAUAGUUCACAUGAUGAUGUAGAUGAUUCUAGUGACGAUAAUAGUGAUAUAUCAAUAACACUUCCAUCGAAAAAAAUUGUAUUCACGUUUUCGCCUGAUGAAUGGAAAAGUUUAGCUCCGGAAGAAAUCCGUUACAAAAGUAACGAUAAAAAACGCUCUGCACAAAGUUCAAGAAUAUACCAUAUACUGCCAAAAAAGGAAUGGACACCAUUAUUAGCUGAACAUUUUUGGGAGCAUACUCAGCUACCUUGUUGUCUCUCUUUUCGCCGAGCAAAAGUACAUCCAUAUGGUAAUUUUUAUAUAAAAGUUGUCGGAAAAUGUACUAUAUGUGACUCAUAUUUCGAAGGUAUUGUGUACGAAAGGCCUUCAACAGCUGCAAGAGUUCUAAUGGAAGUUUCGUACACAGGUAAUUUCAACGAAGUGCAUAAGGCGAAGAAACGUCGCAUGAUUGGACCUGCACAAUCAAAAGCAAUUGCAGCUAUGAUUAAUGACGGUCGUUCAAGCGAGUCAUUUCGAGAGACAGAAGCAGUACGGUUGAUGAAAAUAG